UGACUACAGUUCCCAAGAACCAUCACGGCGACAUGAAAGUGGGUGGGGCAUGUUUGACUCUGCGCGCGCGGUGUUUGAAAGAAAAUGGCGGAGCUUCAGAGUGGAGAGAUUGAACCGUGUGAUGACAGCAGCAUCAAUACAAGGGUCUCAGAAGUGUCUCAAGGAGUCAAGCGGCCUCGUGACAGCACCCCCCUCCAAGGUCCUCCUCAGAAGUCACCUGCUCUUUCAGGAGAGGAGGAGCAGCUGCAGGACUCCAAGAUGAGCUCUGCUGAGGACAGUGUGAGGGACAGUGUGAGCGUCAGCGCUCCAGAACCAAGCUCUCGCUCACGGAGGAAGUCCUGGAGGAGAUCGUCCCGAGGCAGACGCUCUCUGCCGGCCUUCUCCUGCUCCUCACAGCCUCUGUGUGAAACCAUCAGCCUGUCUUUGCCUGAUAACGAGAGGCUAGAGAUGCUAAUUAAAGCUGCCAUGCAGAGGACAGUGAAGAGGGCCAAAAGUAGUCUGUACACUGUUCCUGGUGUUGAUACAGAGACCCUCCAGACUCAAGUUGAAUCUUUGCACGGAGAGUGGGCCAGUCUGGCUGAACACAUCAGAAGAGAGACUCAGAGUUCACUUUCAGCUGUUGAGAGUGACCCUGUUGUUAACAUGACCACUGCACACGUUCAGGAGGACAUAGACAGGUUACAGGCUGAGAGUAUGUCAUGGGAGUCGCUUCUGAACCAACAUCGGAGCAAAGCUGACGAACUAGACAAAUGUGUGGAGCGGGGUGAAGAGAACGGGCUGCCGCUGGACCCAUCAUGCUUUGAAAAGUCCUCACAGAGUCAGCUCAUUCUGAACAAACCUGACUACAAGGCUGUGCUCGUGGGACAGCAAAAACUACUCCGAAACAUGGAGCUCGUGAUGGACUCACAGUGUUGUGUAAUGAGGGAGCUUCUGUCUUUCCGUGAGAAAUCACAGCUGCUGCUAAAGGAGACCAGUGCCAAACUAGCUGCCAGGGCUGGAUUUCAGAAUCUCCCUUCAUCUCCAGUCAAACAGCUGAUAAAAGGAUGCAUAUCUAGUGUUUCCUCUUAGUUUACAGAGCCGUAAUGAAUCCCAUGGGAUGCUGAGCUUCCACAGAAAAGUGCUAUGGUCUGACAUAGCCAUUUCGGUUAUGCAUUAUUACUUUCUACUCUAUCAUUUCUACUUUUUGCUGUAUCAAAAUACAUGUCCUUUUCAUAUUACCCAAUAAUUUGGAUAGCGAGUAUCUAAAUUCAUACUAAACGUCUGUCUGUCUGUCCUGGAUUUAGUAAGAGGAAAGGUUCAGAAUGUGCACAUAAAGCCCAAAGAUGGACACUAGAUGGCAGACUAGUUAUUCAGAGCUCUACUUUAACCCGUGCAGUUCUCCAUAGGGCUUGUUUUUCACAUUUUUACAGAUUUCAGAUUCAAAUUAAAUUUCCUUGACAAUUGCUUCAAUUUUUUUGUUAUGUAAAAAAAAAAAAAAGAAAAACCAUUUUGAUUCAGUUUUAAGCCCCUGAAUGCUUUUAAUCGGUCUUUUAAUCUGUCCUGUAUGUCUAAUGGACUAAGAAUGAUAUUCAUUCAUCCAUCACUGGAUAUAUUUCUCUCUUCUGCCUGAAUGGUGAAAUUGAAUAAAUGGUUUGUGCUGGUGUCUUGUUUCCAGCUCAAACAUCGCAAGCUUGUA